AAAAGAGUGGGGAGAAACUCUUAGUGUACGUGUAACGUGCACACGUACAGUGGUACGGUACCGUACGGUACGUUCAGUGCGCGAGUCGUUUGUUUUCGAUAAUGCCGUAGUAAUGACAGGGAUUUUUGUGCACUAAAAACCAACGUAACGUUAAGAUCGAUACGAAAUAUAAGACGCUAUCAUGACGAGAUUUGCUGUAUUUAUUGUCUCAACACUCGUACUGCAAUCAUCAGCUAUAAUUCGUAUCCCGGAUAUCUUUGAAGUUCAGUCUCCACCACGGAUAUCCAAGCAGCCACCUACGGAUGAACAACUUUUUCAAGUAGCUCAAGCUAAGGUCAAUAAUAAUGAUAAACCUUUCUUGAUUGAAUGUGAAGCAGAAGGAGAACCUGCACCAAAGUACCGAUGGAUCAAAAAUGGAAAAAAUUUUGAAUGGCCAGCGUAUGAUGAUCGUAUUUCUCAACAACCAGGAAGAGGCACUUUAGUCAUAGCAAGACCACGUGAUGAAGAUUUAGGACAGUACCAAUGCUUUGCAGAAAAUGAGUGGGGAAUAGCUACAUCAAACUCCGUUUUCGUUCGUAAAGCAGAACUUAAUGCAUUUAAAGAUCAAACUCCAAUAAGUUUAAAUGCUUAUGAAGGAGAACCAUUUAAACUAACGUGCCAACCACCAGAUGGGUGGCCAAAACCAAAUGUAUACUGGCUGAUUCAAGAUACAGCUGGUGCAAUUAAAUCAAUUAAUAAUUCACGUAUGACAUUAGAUCCUGAAGGAAAUCUUUGGUUUAGCAAUGUUACAAGGAAUGAUGCCUCUGAUGAUUUCUAUUAUGUGUGUGCAGCAACGUCUGUAUUUCGAAAUGAAUAUAAAUUAGGCAGCAAAGUUUUGUUAAAUGUUAUUUCGACUGGAGCAUCUUCUAAUCAAAAUAAACAUGAACCUGUUAAGCAGUAUGUUAGUAGAAAAAAUGAAGUUGCUCUACGUGGUAAAAAAAUUGAAUUAUAUUGUAUAUACGGUGGUACUCCUUUACCACAAACUGUUUGGAGUAAAAAUGGAAAAUUAAUACAAUCAAAUGAUAGAAUUAUACAAGGAAAUUAUGGAAAAUCAUUAAUUAUAAAGCAUGUAAAUUUUGAGGAUGAAGGAACAUACAGUUGUGAAGCAUCCAAUGGCGUUGGAGAUGCAAAUUCAUAUUCUAUUAGUCUACAAGUAAUGGCGGUUCCAUAUUUCACAGUAGAACCAGAGAUUAUAAAUGCAGCAGAGGAUGAAACUGUUGAAUUUAGAUGCGAGGCAAGUGGUGUACCUGAACCAGAAAUCAAAUGGAUUCAUAAUGGAAAACCGAUAUCAGAGGCACCAGCUAACGAUAGAAGAAAAGUUACAGCAAAUUCUAUCAUUAUAGAAAAGUUAAAAAAGAAGGACACAGGAAACUAUGGCUGUAACGCCACUAAUUCUUUAGGAUAUGUAUACAAAGAUGUAUAUGUUAAUGUCUUGGCCUUAGAACCUGAAAUCACUCAACCUCCAAAUGACAAAGCAACGGUAGAAGGUAAAACAGUUCGGAUUACUUGUCGUGUAUUUGGAGCACCAAAACCAAUAGUUAAGUGGGCCAGGAAUGGUCAAGAAUUAACAGGAGGAAGAUACAAGAUUUUGGAUUCUGGUGAUUUAGAAAUAGAAAAUAUAAUAUUCUUAGAUGCAGGUAGUUAUAUCUGCCAUGCAUCUAACAAGUUUGGAGAAGUGGAAGCCUCUGCAAAUCUCGUAGUAAAAGAGCGUACAAGAAUUACGGAUGAACCGGAAGAUUACGAAGUUGCAGCAGGUUCUACUGCCACGUUUAGGUGCAACGCUGUAACUGAUUCUAGCUUAACUUUAACGAUAGAAUGGUUAAGUAACGGCGAACCUAUUGAUUUUGAAAUGGAACCACGAUUUGUACGAAGUACAGACUAUUCGUUAAUGAUCACAAAGACAACGGAAUUAGACUCUGGUACUUACACUUGCGUUGCUCGUACUGAAUUGGAUGAAACAAGGGCACAAGCGACAUUAACAGUCCAAGAUGUACCUAAUGCUCCAAAAUUAAUUGGUGUAAAUUGUAUGUCUGAUAAUGCGGUUGUACAAUGGACUCCUAUGGGUGAUAAUAGAGCACCAAUUUUACGAUAUACUAUUCAAUAUAAUACAAGUUUUACACCAGAUACUUGGGAAACAUCAGCAGAUUUUGUACCUGCUACAGAACAAACAUACGAUGUACCAAUGUCACCUUGGGCUAAUUACACAUUUCGUGUACUUGCAUGGAACAAAAUAGGAAAAUCUUUACCUUCAUCACAUAGCGACGUUUGUACAACUCAGUCGGACGUUCCUUAUCGUAAUCCAGAUAAUGUUAUGGGUAAUGGAACUACUCCCCAGAAUCUUGUAAUUUCGUGGACUAUACUACCACAAAUAGAGCACAAUGCUCCAAGAUUUAUGUACAGAGUGUAUUAUAAAAGAGACAGACCAGAAGAACAAUGGACUAUAGAGGACAUAAACAAUUGGAAACAACACACUCUUACGAUAGAUAACCAACCAACUUAUCAAAGAUAUAAAAUUAAAGUAAUUGCAAUUAAUGAGAAAGGAGAAAGUAAAGCUGAAGUCAAGGAAGUGUAUGGAUAUUCUGGAGAGGAUGUACCGCUACAAGCUCCUGGAAACUUUACCUUGAUUCAAGUCAAAUCUAGUACAUCUGCAAUACUCUCCUGGAAUGCCGUCCCUGAAGAAUCGGUGAGAGGCGAAUUAAAAGGUUAUAAAAUUCAAACUUGGACAGAAAAAGAAGGUGAAAAAGGAAUGCGUGAAAUUGACAUUAGAGGUGGCAAUAUGACACGCGCUUUAGUUAAUAAAUUUAUUCCGUAUAGUAAAAAUUAUGUCAGGAUUCUUGCUUAUAAUGGAAGAUAUGCAGGACCUCCAUCAGAGACCUUAAGUUUUGAUACACCCGAAGGUGUUCCAGGAACAGUACUUAGUUUUGAAGCUUUUCCCAUGGGCUCUAGUGCACUCUUUCUUGUCUGGUCAAAACCUGCUGAACCAAAUGGUGUCUUAACUGGAUACAAAAUUUAUUAUAGGGUAGUAAAUGGAACUAGAUUAGAGGCAUUAUUAGAAAGGAAACCACAUAUAUCAGAUCCAGAAGCCACUAGUGCUAAAUUAGCAGCUUUGGCACCUGAUACAAAAUAUAGAGUCCAUAUUCGAGCUACAACCAAAGUUGGUGAAGGAAAUGAUUAUUUCAUAGAAAAAAGGACACGUACUUCUCAAAGACCAGACGUACCUCAAUUUACAUGGGAAACUAUUCCCAAAGAAAAUGGAUAUUCUAAUGUAAGGAUUACAUGGCAACCAAAUUUAAAUGGCAAUCCUGGUAGUCAUUUCUUUGUAAAAUAUAAUUUGAAAGGUGAAACAAUUGCUUCUGAAACGGAUCCCGAAUUUCAAUCGAAUACGAUUGAAGUACGUGGACUUCCGAGUGGUGAAGUCUAUGUUAUGUCUGUAGUUGCUGUUGAUGGAGAUUAUGUAACUGAAAGUGUACCACAAGAAGUAGAGACCAGUAGUGAAGGGCCAAUAAUUCAACCUAAAGAAAACGUUGCAACGGCUGGGUGGUUCAUAGGUAUGAUGCUGGCAAUAGCUUUCCUUCUAUUUGUUCUGAUUAUUGUCUGCGUAAUUAAACGAAAUAGAGGUGGAAAGUAUGCAGUGCACGAACGUGAAUUAGCUGCUGGACGAGGAGAUUAUCCUGACGAAGGUGGCUUCCAUGAAUAUUCUCAACCUUUAGAUACUAAAUCUGCCGGUGGUCGUGCGUCGUUGGCCUCGUCUUCUCAUCAAGAUGGAAAACAUCCAGAAUCUGACACUGAUUCUAUGGCCGAAUAUGGGGAAGAGGGUAUGAACGAGGAUGGAUCUUUCAUUGGUCAAUACGGUCGGCAUCGUAAACAGGAACCUAAUUCACAAGCGUUUGCAACGUUGGUAUAAGGGCCUUUCACAGAAGAUGGAUCAUUUAUUGGACAAUAUGGUCCAAAAGGCAGACCAGAGGAAACACCGUCCAUUCCAACCGGGACUAUGGCCACGUACGUGUAACCUCUCCAAGAAUCUCAUUCAAACAAGAUAAAAGAUCUUUUCUCAUCGUGGUAAGGAAUACGAAUCCUUAUCUGCUGCAGCAAUUUCGCUAUGCACUUUGCGCUGGGCGCAAUGUCCAACACUAUACUGCCAAUUAGAAUUUGCUUUUGGGUUUUAUAGUUUACUUAGAGAAAAUAAUGAAUUUGUGCAUUUAAUAUUUGUACGAAAAGUUAUGUAUACAUGUGAGUUUAAAAAUUUUUUUCUGCUUUCUUUUUUCAUAUUAAUCUAUAUACUAAGAGACUAUAACAAUAUAACUCUUUUCACGGUUUAAAAAUUAAAAAAAAAUGUUAUGACUGUAAUUAGAAGUCAUUUUUAAGGAGAAUUAAAAAAUAUGUCAGAUAUAACAACCACAUGUGUAUAUAUAUGUGCAUAUAUGACGUAUUAAAUGACGAUGCAAGAUGUAAAUUUAUUUUAUUCAUCUCUGGUCAGUUGUAAAACCCAAAGACAAUAGGUGUUUCAUAGCGUGCAAGCUAUUUAUGAAAAUAGAACUGUAGAAACUAAUCCAAUAUCUAUGGUAAUAUUUGACAAGGCUAGAUUGAAGGCAGACACUUUAGCUUAUUACAGGGUAUCUAAAAUGUGUUUGCAUAAUUCGGAUUGUGGUGUAUAUGUAUCUAUGAAUGGAGAAUACUUUCACGAUAGCAUAUACUGUCAAACAUUUUGCCUCACGUUUUAUGUGUUCAAAAAUAAAAACUUUACAAUCUAUUGAAAUAAUAUACACGAAAAACAUCUUCAAUGUGAUAAAUUAUACUCUAGCCUGUAGUAUUUGAAAAAUACUGAUAUAACAACAGUCUACCUAAUGUGAAAAUUAUCUUUCUCAAUAUUAUUAUUAUUAUUAUUAUUAUACAAAAUUAGAUGAAAAUAUUAAAGGGCAGCAUAAGAAGCGAUGUCACAAUCUGGCCUCGACUGAAUGUUACUUCUUAAGGAAGAUCUCUUUCAAGAUCUUUAGAUACACAAUCAAUUUUUACUCUGCAGACAGAGGGCCAAAUUUAUUGAAUUAUUAAUUAUCUAUGAUUAUUGUGCACUCGCACAUUGAUUACAGAUACGAGAGCAAAACAAAAAUAUAUAUGAAAAAAAAACUGUAUCACACAUAUUUAAUAUAAUAUUAACAAAACAUUGUACACACACAUGCACUAUAGUAGUUAGAUAUCACAAGGCCUCUAAUCGUUGCUUUUUGUAUGUGAAACAUGCUCUAGUUAACAAUUAGCCAAUGGGGAGAUCUCUCCGCUUUGAAGUAAGUCACUAUAUGACCGACUGGGCGGAUCUCUCAUCUUUUUCUUAACAACGCUUUUAUCUUGUUUAUUUUUUCAUUUAUUAUUAAUCAAUCUUGAACUGGAAUUGUUCGCAAUUCAUCAAAUACUUUUUCUGCUUUUGUAAAACACAAUUUUUAAUAAAAUUUGUUAAAUAAGUUCAAUUAAAGUUAAUGAAAAAAAUUGUAGCUCCCAAUUGAAACUAAAUAAUAUUUUAUGAGGUAUAAAAAAAUACCGAUACUUUUUUUUUUUAUGAAACUUAUUUCUUUUUUCGCAAGAUUUAUUAUAAUCCAAGGGAUAUAAUAUAAGAUUAUUAUUUAAUUAAUAUAUAAAGUAUUGAGAAUAUAUAAAGAGACAUUAUAUUAAUAGACAAGAAGACAUAAGAGAUCUGAUAAGAGUAAAAAAAAAGAACACAAGGGACAACUAUUAACUAACAUUAUUAUGUUUGAUUAUAGUAUACUGAGUAUUUAAAGAGAAUAAGACAGACUUGUUAUUUUUUUUGAGAGUACAUGUACAAUUAAUUUAGGUUAUUAAAUUAGUAAAUUUCAUACAAUGUGUACAGGUUGUCUGCAAAAGUGUCGCAAGCAAAUAUGUUAGGUACAAAGGCAAUGAAAAAAAAGGUACAAAAUGUAAAAUACUUAUAGAAAUGCGAGAUAAUUCAUAAAUAUAUUAUACUUCAAAAUAAUAUAUAUUUCAGCUUAUCAGAAAGAAAGAAAUAUGGUACAAUUUUGCCUGCAACAUAAUAUCAAAGAUUUAUCCGUAUAUUAACCGAAAAAAAAAAAGAAAGAAAAGAAAGAAAUAUAUCCUCUUUGGUGCUGCAUGUAUAAAUUUUUUGUCAGAAAAUAUUUGUUAGGACCUUUCUUGCCGAUUAUCCUGUACAAAUGACUUUGACGUCGAAAAAAUUAAUAAUUAUAUAUGCGGGUGCAUUUAAAAAAAAGAAAGCUAUCGUAUGUAUAUAUACAUACAAACAAAAUGACACUAAUAUACAUAUAAUAAAAAUGCCAAGUAAUUUGAAAGAUAAAGGUCAAUACAUAUAUCAUAAAGUACUGAUUUCUCAUAUAUUACUUCCAUUGUUAGUCAAAACGUCGUAUUAUAUACAUACGUCGAUGUCGACGUCGAAGUCAUACGAUAAAUAGUUAUACGUACGUUUUUUCACAUAAUUUAAUAUAUAAUUUUAUAUUGGAUUCCCCGUAAAUAUUUUUCGAAGGAAUCUCUAAAUAGAAUUUAAAAUGAAACUUUGAAUCUCCACGAAUGUAUAUUAAAUAUUUCAUUAUAUUUGCGUAAACUUCCAAUAUAUACAUGCGUAUAUGAACGACUUAUUGCAUUUUUAUACUUUUUAUCAUUUUUACAACCGCAAAUAUCUUUUUUCUGAUAUAUUUUUUUCUUCUUUUUUUUUUCUUCUUCUUAUAUAAUAGAUAUUUCGAAGUCCAUAUAGCACUGUUACUUGCAUCGAAGAAACAUCUAUGCGUAUAAAAAUUUAUGUAGGAGAAAGAGUUGUAUGUAUUUUACAUCGAUGCAAGAUAAUAGUGAGAUAACGAUUUACAUAUACACACGUUUCUUUUUGUAUUUCUAUUUCUUUUCUUUUUUUGUAAUAUUUACUUUGUUCACGUGCAUAUAAUAUUUGUUAUGAAGUUGAAAACGUUAUAUAGAAACUAACAUAUUCUUUCGCUUUAUGUUUUAUGCAAUUGGAUAUAUACAUAUAUAUUCGAUAUAUAUAUGUAUAUAUAAUAUAUAAAAUGUACGACUUAUUAUUGAAUAGUAUUUCAUCGUGAAACGAUUGGAUAGCGCAUGUUAUUCGUACAAAGCAUAACACCGACUGAAAAAGAAGAGUAUAGAGGAGUUAAACAAUAAGAAAUAUUCGAUGCAUUUGUCUUAACAUGCGUUUAUCCAUCAUCCAUAUUGUUCAUUGUAUAUUAAAUUAUUAUAAUUAGGAUAAUAAUAAUAAUAAUAUGUUUUCCGAUUAAAAAAAAAACAAAUGCACGCGAGGAGUACUAUCGAAAACCAACACUGUACUCUCUCUUCAAAUUAUUUUCUACGAAGUAGAAAACCGCAAGAGAUAUUAUUCAAUCCGUUUGUACUAUCUUUUUUGUCAUAUUUUAGAAAAACAGCGAUUAUUGUCGAAGAUAUAAUAUUAUGUUAAAAAAAAACACGUUAUGUAAUUCGUAGAGAUAAUACAUUUUAAUAUUUAAGUUACCCGUUUUCCUGCGAUUUCGAAAUGCGCAUUCCAAACGUACGUCCGUACAAUAUCUCCCAUGUCAAUGAAAAGAAAAAAAUAAAUAAAAUCUACAAACGAA